UUGAAAAGAUUAUAUUUAAGGGAAUUGGUUCUCCACAAUCAAGACUUUGUAUUAAAAAAAUGUAAACAAUAACAAUGAAAGCACUCAAUUAUUUCAGGGUAGCAGGUUCGCAAAAAGCACAUAUAUGCAACACACAUGAAAAAUUAUAAGGUGAAAACGAUCAGGUCCCUUUAAUGGCUGCAACCUUUUUCAAGCUAGAAAAAAUGUAUAGCAUAUACUUCUGCAGUUGUCUCGUGGUAGAUAUGGGAAAGACAAUUUCUGAGUUUUACUACUCAAGCCACCAGAUUUGUAUUCAAAAGUCAGAGUGAUCUUUAUUUUGCCAACAGUUUGCAGGUAUGCAAAAGGGAUCUGAAGAUUCUUUUAUUAGACACUUAGAACAGGUUGUGCAGAGAAGUUGUGGAUGCCCCGGCAUUGGGAACGUUCAAAGUAAGGUUAGACGGCUUAUGAAUAACCAGAUCUGCUGCAAUAUGUCUCAGCUCGUGGCAGGGGGUUGGACUAGAUGAUCUUUAAAGGUGCCUUCCAAACUAAGUCAUUCUGUAAUCUAAGAUUUUAUUAUAGUGUUAGGGAAAAUGAUUGAUGAUACCGUCCCUCCCAUGUGGAAGUACAGAUGAAGCUUCAGGGUUAGGAGGAGACCUGUCCCAACCAUAAAGACAAGCACUGAAGCAAGGCCCCAGAGGGUAGGAGGCUGCUGUUCCCUCCUGAGGUUACACAGUGCUCAUCACUGGCUGCAUCAUCUGCUCAUGCUGACGUGUCAUGUCUCCAGGAAAUGUUUUGGCCUCUAAUCCUGUCACUUGAAAGGAGACUUAGUGGCAGACUGGGCAUGUCCUACACAGAAAUGAAAAGGGAACAUUGAAGGGAACAGAAAAAAAAGACACAAAUUUCUUUAAUUGUGGUGUUUUGCAUGCAAGAUGAGCUUGUUGUUAUAUAUAAUGUAUGUGCAAAGGGUGCCUUUCGACCUAUGGGCAGUUCUGAGCAGUAUAAAAGCCUGUCCAACACCAUGCUCCCUCAUCCACUUCUCUUGCCUUCUCCUUCUUGGUGAACAAGGUAAGCAGCAGUGCUCUUCUUGUCAUUGUCUCUUUCUCUGUUUCUCUUCUUUCUCCUCUGACCUCCACUGAGUCUUUGACUCUUUUCCAGCCUUGGUGUGAGUCUUAUUCCUUGGUGGUGCUCCUACCAGCUCUGUUCUGCUUGCCAGAGUCAGGGGAGGUGGAAGAAGACCUUGGGCUGUCAGUGAAGGGGCCUCUUCCUGCUCCACAGCCCGUACCUCCUCUCUUGGUGAGCAGGCCACCAGGCUGCUGCUCACACUGCCUGUGCUUUGCCUGCCCUUUCUCCUAGGUACACCUCCAUCCCACAGCCAUGUCCUGCUUCGAUCUGUGCCGUCCCUGUGGCCCGACCCCGCUGGCCAACAGCUGCAACGAGCCCUGUGUGCGGCAGUGCCAGGACUCCCGUGUGGUGAUCCAGCCCUCUCCUGUGGUGGUGACCCUGCCAGGUCCCAUCCUCAGCUCCUUCCCCCAGAACACUGCUGUAGGAUCCAGCACCUCUGCUGCUGUUGGCAGCAUCCUUAGCCAGGAGGGAGUGCCUAUCUCUUCUGGGGGCUUUGGCUUCUCUGGCCUGGGUGGCCGGCUCUCUGGAAGGAGGUGCCUGCCCUGCUAAAGCUGGGGUGGACAUCCUCUGAGCGCAUCCCAGUGAUGCUUGAAGCCAGGCACCAGACUGAGGAUGUAGCUGCUGGCCAGGGUUUCCAGAUGGGAUAAGCAUCCUCCUGCCCUCCUGCAAAGCAGAGAGGGAAGCCGGGGUGCCAGCCUGUGCUGACUGGAAACACAGCCAGCAGACGUCUUCUUCUCCUGCUUUCUUCUCAUCAUCACAAGUCUUUGUUGUCUCAUGCUGUCCUCUGCCAUGGAUUCAUCCUGAAGCAAGCUGAGAGGGCCCCACUUCUUCCUCUCGCCACGUGAGGGAGGAAAACAUGCAUCCUAUUGUGGCAAAGUUUGCAAGCUGACUGCCAAUCUGUUUACCAGCUGCUUUUGUAGCAGCUUUAAACUAUGCAUGCUUUGAUUCCUUCUUUAGAUUCAAUAAAAUUUAUGCUGCAUUGUAAUCUCAGUAUCCUCGUGUUCCUUUCCUGUUGAGAUUCAUGGCAAAGUCAUUCAGGGAAAAAUAUUUUGACUUGGAGUCAAAAUGUUGUAUAGCACCAUAAAGUUUACCUUUGUAAACUUUGUAUGGUAUUGUCCAGGUCUUAUCAGUGUCCAGGACAUCCCUCUAAUGGGCAUGUCAGCAAUGAAUGAUGUUGGAUAUUGUUUUUCAUUUGAUAAGACAGGAUAAUUUGAUAAGCCGAAUACAGGAGUAGGACUUGAUGGUCUUUCUGAGUCUCUUCCAAUUCAGGAUAUUCCAGGAUUCUACAAUGCAAAGAGGAGAGCUUCUUAAAAAUUGAAUUCCUGUAUUCCUCAAGGGCUUAAAGAGUCUGCAAACUGCUAGAAUUAAGUGUGGUGUGAUUUGCUUGAGAAUUUAGAUACUUGCUUAUUUAAAACUUCAUUAAAUCCGAACACUGAUUUUUCAUUCCAUAUAUUUCUGAAAUGUCCUAACCAUCUGACACUUGCUCUAUCAAUAUGUUAAUUUUUAGCAAUAAGGUGUUAGUUAAACUUAUUGACAUGACUGAAAAUCACAGAUGUUGUAGAUAGAUAAUAUCUUACAAGAAAUCCCUACAAAGCAGAGUGAUAAUUCCUCCAUGUAAACUUGGAACAGGAAAGCACAUUCAGAAUUUCCUAGACAGAGUAACUGAAUCCCAUUUUAGCGUCUCCAGCUACAGAGCAAAAUACAUAAAGUUCCCUCAGAAAGAAGACAGCUUUGUCAGUCCUACUUCCAAAUGGACUACAGUUUUAAUUUACAGGUAAGAAACACUGUUUUUCAUUACUUUGUGCAGUAACAUCUCAUUAUCAUGGGCCAUCAGGAAGCUAGGGAACAGUCAACUGUGCCUGAUGAAGUUGAUUCCAACCUUCUAGCUCAGCUUCAAGAAACAAAACUCAGCCUAAGCUGAAAAUCAGGUUGGGUUCUGCAGCACAUAAGGAGUUAAGAGCACAAAUGAUAGAGGAAGCUUGGAAACACUGCUGAGGAUGAGGGCUGGCACUUCAUGAAUGAAGUGUUCUGGCAAGCUCAACUUUAGUUCUAGCAGAUGCUGACCUGCUAAUUCACUUGCUAGGCUGAGAUGUUCAGCAGGCAAAGCAUCUUCCCUCUCAAAUGAAAUGUUCUCACUACAACAUUAGUUUACACUGGGUCAGAGACGGUGUGAGCAAGCAGGAGGCCCAGCAGCUCCUCCUGGCAUGGCCACACAACUGAGACACACUGCCUGCAGGAGCUAAGAGAGGGUCUGCUCACAGCCUUCACUCACAGAUGUUUCCAUUGACAUGAAUGCUGGUUAUGGCCAUAAGUGAUGUGUGUUCAGUAAGAUCCUGAGUGAAUGGCUAUUUUCCAGGACAUUUUGAGCAGUGAAAACCUUUUGGAGCUGCAUACCAAGCAGGAGGGCCUGUACUCUGAGGCCUAAGAGGCAGAAACCAGUUUGGGCAUCCUA